UACGCCAUCUAUAAAAGUUCAUAGGUAAACAAAUGAGACAAAUUCACUGUCUAUACGCUCACUUAUUUGUGAAGUUUUAAGGGAAGGAGAAUUUUUUUCCUUGGGGGUGUUGAUUAUGUUGUGGGCAAUGAUGGGCAGGUGAGAGUGAGUUAUGGUGAGAGUGACGGUCAUCUUGGUGACGGGACCAGUGGUAUAACUUAUAACUCAACUUGAAGUAGUUUUUCUUCCCGUCUGGCCAAGUUGAGGUUAUUACUUGGUCUCUUCUUCCUCAUAUCAUUGUCGAGUCUGUGAUUUAGAGAUAUAUAAUACAUUAUGGCAUCCAAUAUGAACGAUCACAACAGUCAGUUACUGGAUAAGUGUAGUAAUAAUGUGAUCAACCUGACGACCAGUGAGACUCUCAGGCUGGAUGGUGACAGGAGUAACCUCCACCUUCAGGCUGCUACUGCCGCCGCUGGCAGUCAGGCCUACCAGAAGAAGAAAAACUCCUCCUUCCAGAUCACCAGUAUUACUUCUCGCCUCAGCAACGAUGGAGGUGAGGACAGUGCCGAUGACACUGAAGACAUCUCGGACAUAAUGGACAGCUCCAAGGUCACCGACUUCGACCAAGAGACGCCCAGUUUCUCCGAGGACUACUCCAAGUCCGAGGAGGUGUUCUUUGGCCCGGCCCCAAUCAUCCCCACCAGCUCCCAGUACGGCAUAACGGCACUCGUCCAGCAGACGGGCUCCGGAGGGGUGAUGACGGCCAUGUUACCUCAGGGAGUAACCGUCAACGUGACCGAGGGCGGCAUAGCCCUGGCAAAGGCAGAUGGGGAAUCGGACGAUGUUAAUCACUGGCAGAAUAGGUUUAAGAUCGUUAAGAUAGACUCUAAUGAACCAUUUAAGCGAGGAAGGUGGAUCUGUCUCGACUUCAUGGACUCCCCGGCCGUGUCGGCCGCUGCCGGCCAGAAGAAAGACGAGAGUUCCGUGGUCGUUAACAGUGUUAAUCUCAAGGAGAUGGAUGCCGGAGACCACCAGCCGCAGACCGUGGUACAGCUGUCUGUGCCCAUACCGCAGCAGACCCAGACCGGCCAGACCCAGCCCCACUCCAUUGCUGUGCCCGCCCAGUACCAAGUGCCGCACUCCUCCCAGGCGUCCACGCCCAUGGUCCCGUCGUCCCAGACCAACCAGAGUGGUGUGCCCACACCACACAUGUCGGCCGCUCCUCAGGGGACCCUGUCGUACCCUCCGCAGGCCUCUACCAUACCGGGACAGUUACAGCCGCCCCAGGGUUAUGCCCCUACUGCUCAGACGCCACAGGGGCAGGCGGCCUCGGUCCAUCCGUCUCCCUCGGCUCAGACGCCUCCCCAAGCCCAACCUCCCAUGCAACAACCUCUACAACAACAACCUCUACAACAACCUCAACCUUCCCAGCCUGCUGUACAGACCACCCUGCAGGCCACCACCCUACCACAGUCAAACCUACAGCCGGGGAGCGUCGCCCAACCCACCAUCCAGCCAGGGAUGGUGCCCUCAGGGUCCAUCUCUCAGCCGCCCCAGCACCAGCCGGUACAGGCCCAGUCUAGCAUGCCGCAGCCCACCAUCAACGCCCAGAGUCUGCCCGGCCAGAGUGUUCAGCAGAGCGUACAACAGCCGGGGGUGAUGGGCCAGGCCGGGAUGCCGACGCAGUCCCUCCAGCCCAGCGUGAUGGGCGGCAUGACGGCCCAGGGUCUGGGACAGUCGGUGGUGACCCACCAAGGUGUUCCCUCACAGCCAACGACUGUGAUGAGUCAACCCCAGGUUGGAGUGGCACAGCCAAAUCUUCCACAGCAGAGUGUGGGUCAGCAGAGUCUGGGUCAGACAACCGUCGUGCCCAGCGGACCACCGCCCCAGCAGCUGACUCAGACGUUACCUCCGACGACCAUGACGGGGUCGCCCCAGAUACAGCAGGUGCCCACGUCCCAGCAGAUUCCGACGGCCCAGCAGUUGCCCGUCACUCAGCAGAUAAGCAGCAACAUAGUCCAGGCUGCGGUCCUCACUCAGGCGGCCGUCGGUGCCACCCAGCAGAUGUCGGCGGCAGCCCAGACCGGCACCGUCAAGCCCUCGACGGUGUCGCAGGUCAGCCUCGGAUCUCAUCCCGGCACGGGGGCGGCACCCACACCCGCGACCACGCCGGCUCAGGCCCAAGCUCACCACACUAUGGGUGCGCCCACGGUGCAGCCCACACCAUCGGCCGAACAACAGACCUCACAACCACAACCUCAGCCAUCACAACCACAACAACCCCCGACCAACCUGGAAGGAAUCCCACCCGGCCAACCCAUGGACGAGGCGGCCAACGCCACGCCUCCAGCAGCAGGUGGCGGCCAACCCGACGACAAUGAAAGUCGCACUGAUGUACACAGAUCUUCAGUACCAUACAGUCCUUAUGAUGGUACACAGAUCUUCAGUACCAUACAGCAGUCAUAUGAUGUUUGCACAGCUCUUCGGUACCGCCACAGUCCUUAUGAUGGUACACAGAUCUUCCACGGUACCAUACGGUCGCUUAUGAUGGUACCACAGAUCUUCAAUCUUCAGUACCAUACGGUCUAUGAUGUUACGCAGAUCUUCAGUACCAUACAGUCUGCCGCCGAGUAUUUUAGAUCAUCAGUACCGCCUGGUCCUUAUGAUGGUACAGAUCUUCAGUACCGCCACGAAGUGCUUAUCGAUGUCGCCUGUUGGUACACAGAUCUUCAGUACGCCACCGUCCUUAUGAUGGUACACGCUCUUCCAGUACCGCCACGGUCAUAUGAUGGUACACAGCUCUUCAAUGCCAUACAGUCCUUACCAUUGUUGCAGCUCUUCAGUACCAUAGAAGUCCUUAUGAUGGUACACGAGACUCUUCAGUACCAUACGAAGUCCUUGCUGAUGAUCUUCAAUUUGCCCACAGUCCUUAUGAUGGUACUGGCUCUUCAGUACCAUACAGUCCUUUAUGAUGGUACCAGAUCUUCAGUACCAUGA